AGAAGAAGACCAAGAGAAGAGAACUCGACAUAAGCUACUACUCUCUUUCUCUAUUGCUUUGCCCUUCCUUGACCUAGAAGCUUUCCCGUCGCUCUUUUCCUGGUACAAAUCGCCUUGUCCCCGCUGAUAAAGUAAUUAAUCAAAUACACUCUAUAUGUAGUUUAUAUUUAUAUAUAUUUAUUGUUCUGAAGUCUCAAAUAAAGUGCACUUUGGUUGCGGUUUAGAUGCCUCGUACUGCAUCCAAGACGACGAAGAAACGGAGUAAACCUUAUACAGUUACCUCUUCAGACACGGAUCCUGUUCCCUCAGCUUCGAGUAAAACUAAAAAGUCGUCCAAAGAGAAUGAUGAAAAAUAUAAGUUGUUUAAUAAGUAUGCCAAUACAUCUUCUGGUGUCAUUGAUCCAGAAGGAAUUGAGAAACUUUGCUCAAAAUUGAAAGUUUCUCAUACUGAUAUCAAGAUCUUGAUGCUAGCUUGGAAAAUGAAGUCUGAAAGACAAGGUUACUUCACAAAGGCUGAAUGGAGAAGAGCACUCAAGGCGUUAAAGGUUGACACUACCAAAAAGUUGAAGAAAGCCCUUCCUGAGCUCGAGGAACAGGUCAGAAAGCCAUUGAAUUUUGCAGACUUCUAUGCUUAUGCCUUUCGUUAUUGUUUGACAGAUGAAAGACAAAAUUGCAUAGACAUUGAGACUAUUUGUCAACUCCUAGAUAUGGUCUUAGGAUCAACAUUCCGUGACCAGGUUGAUCACUUUGUCGACUACCUAAAGAUCCAGAAUGAUUACAAAGUCAUCACUAUGGACCAAUGGAUGGGUUUUUAUAGAUUCUGCAAUGAGAUAAGUUUCCCGGACAUGACCAACUACAGUCUAGAACUUGCGUGGCCACUGAUUCUAGACAAUUUUUUUGAGUGGAUGCGCGAAAAACAAGCAUGAUAGUUUCCAUAUUUGUCAAACUGUUUUAGUCUCUCUAGCUUCAAACAGCCUCCAUUUUUCACAAUAACUUCAAAUUUG